AUGGCGGGCGGCUUCUCCAUCAGGGGGUACGCGGAGAGCUUGCGGCGCACGGGGGCGGCGGAGCUCGGCCCGUUUAGUUCGGCCACCAAGGAACUGGCGCCCUUGGAGGUGCGCGCCUUCCGGUGGUGGGAGGACGAGCUCGCUUCCAUCAAGGCGGCGGAGGCGGAGAAGGAAGCGGUGGCGGGGGUGGAUGAGGAGGAGGAAGAGGAGGCGUCGGGGAACGGCCGGGCGCCGAAGAAGCGCUCCAUCACGGACCUCUUCGCGGAGGCGCCGGCCGUGGGCGCCGGCAGCGGACCCAACGCUGUCGUGGACGAGGAGGAGGUUCUUCGCUCCAUCGUCCGCCGGAGCAAGGAGCUGCGGAGGAAGCGGCGUCUGGAGCAAGUUGCGUCGGCGGCGGCGGCGGCGGCGGACGAGCCGGAGAUGUCGGCGGCAGGCGAACGGCGUGCGGCCGAGGGGAAUUUCCCCAGAAAGAAAUCAGUUGACAAACCAAGUUUGGGAGAUGAGUUGGAUACUUCUUGUCCAUCAAAGGAACAUGAGAAUGAUGAUCUCGGUACAGAGAAGGAAAUGAUCCCAGAUCUUAAGAGAAGGAAGCAUGGAAGACUCAGUAAUAGCUUACAGAAGAAGAAGGCUGAGAGGCUAAAGUACCUCGAGAGUCGAAAGGCUGCCAAGGUUGGAAAACAGCGAGAUAUUAAAAAAGUGCUCCCUUUGCACAGCAUUCUGAAGAAGUACACAAAGCAUACGUCUGUUAAAAUGGUUAAGGAAAAACAUGGGCGUUCAAAAGGCUCCGGAGUCAUACAACUCUGCCGGAAAUCAGUCAAGCGUGUCAAAUUCUCAGAAAUGGAUGAUGCCAAGAAGCAAUGUUCCAAAAGACCACCACUGGAAAGCAUCUGCGAGCUUCUCUCUGCUAUUAGUUCUUCUUCUUCAUCAUCUCUAGAGAUGUCAAGUGAAGAGGAACAUGUUAUCGCAGAAAGUAGUAGUUCUCGCAUGCCAAGGAAAGCCUUCACUAUGGCUAAGGAAGCCAAUGAGAAUACAAAUCAUGAUAACCAAUAUGAGCUUAGCAGUACUGGACUGUCCACUUGUUUGCUUGAUCUGAAUCAAGCUCUUCCAGAACCUGCGGACUUGAACAAUCCGUAUGUUCCAAGUUCAGACGUUUCAUAUCUUGAGCACACAGAGGUAGGAACUUGGCAUGUGGGUCAACAACUUACUGAUAAUGGAAGGACAAACGAUAAAGAAUCGUCCUUCGAUCUGCAUGGACAGGAACAACCACGACAUGCUACUGAGUUGGACACCAGAUCAAAAGGCAAGUCCCCUUGUACUCUGCCAAACCAUUUCCAGGAUUCAGUUCAUCUGCAACAAAAUUGGUGCUCCAUGACUUUGCAUCGUGGUGUCUCUCAGCUCUCAACUGGAGGCGAGCCUUCUUCCUUUCAAUUUCUAGGAUCUAAUCUAUCACGCAGUGAGAAACGAAAUUUUCAUUCAGAAAUGAACGUGCAACAAGAGUCCAGUCCUCCUGCUGGACAAACCUUGCGCUUGAUGGGUCAUGAUCUUACAGUAUCCAAUACUAGAGUUGACUAUUUAUCUGACGCAGCACAGAAUCAUACAAAUCCUACUGCAGACCAUCUUACCACAAAGGUGGUGUUGGAAUUGCCACGACAAGGUCAGCCUUUCCUAUCAUUACAAACUCAGAGUAUUGCCAGUGUUUCAGCAGGCUCUGCAAAUGCUGUACCUCAUGUUUCAGCAAGUUCUGCAAGCGCUGUAGCUCAUGUUUUAGCAAGUUCUGCAAGCACAGCUCAGGCACAUUUUGGAUACAGAACACCACAUAAUGUCAGCCACCCUUUGCUCACUGCCAAUGUGCUCUCUGGUGAUCCAUCAGUAUAUGAAGACAGGACAGAUUCACCCUCAGCGCCAUUUAUACCAACAAUGAUGCAGCAUGUGGCAACAUCUUCAGAUUACCGUGCCAAUCUGCCUCAUCAGUCAUAUGGUGUGUACUCUGCAAGCUCAACAGUUCAACCUCGUAACUCUGCAAAUUUUACAUGCCCAAACCAGAUAGUACAAGGAGUUGACAGUAGGGCUUCUGCAAACCUUCCAUCCAGAAUUCUAGGAACUGGAACGACAAGAGCUGCUCCUGACAGCUCUAAUACUUCAUCUAGCAGCCGUUUUGUUCUGAGAUCAGGCCCUGUAAAGCUCAGUGCCGGGGCGAAGCAUAUCCUGAUACCAAAUGAGAAUACAGAGGACGACAAUUCUGCACCAAUGUACUCUUGUGUGUCCUUUGGCAGCAGUAGUGCAAAUGUUUCGGCAGCUCAUCAGAAUAAAGAGGCAGGUUCCCGUAGGUUCUAG